GCACUUCUGUACUGUUGUCUUUCACGAGAAAAAACCAGAGCACCUUGGUAUGGAAGAAGAGACGAAAGCUGGUCCUCCUCACGUUCUAAUCUUUCCCUUUCCGGUACAAGGACAUGUCAACUCCAUGCUCAAGCUAGCGGAGCUUCUUGCCCAUGCCGGUCUUCACAUCACCUUUCUCAACACCGAUCACAACCACGAUCGUCUCGUUCGUUACAGUGCCGAUAACCUUGCCCGUUUCUCAGGCUUUCCUGGAUUCCAAUUCAAGAUCAUCCCUGACGGCCUUCCAGCAGAUCACCCAAGAGCCGGUGAGCGCGUCAUGGAGAUGUUCAAUAGCUUGAAUUCGGUAACCAAACCACUUUUUAAAGAGAUGUUGUUUACGGAUCAUGAAUUGCAAUCGAUUCCGGGCAGUAAUAGACGGGCAGUGAGUUGCAUCAUAGCUGAUGGGAUCCUGAGCUUUGCUAUUGAUGUUGGCAACGAGCUUGGCAUUCCUGUCAUUCAUUUCCGUACCAUCGGUGCUUGCUCCUUCUGGGCUUACUUUUGCAUUCCAGAUUUGGUUGAAGCGGGAGAGCUUCCCAUUACAGGAAACGAAGACAUGGAUCGCAUUCUAAAGAGGGUGCCAGGAAUGGAAACUUUUAUCCGGUGCCGCGACCUUCCAAGUUUCUGCCGAACCAGAAAUAUUCUAGCAGACCCGAAUCUCCAACUAUUUGUGGAUCAGACCAGACAGACCCCCGGAGCUCGAGCACUGAUACUAAACACGUUUGAAGAGCUAGAAGGGCCUGUACUUUCCCAUAUUCGUACACAAUGUCCCCAAAUCUAUACCAUCGGACCCCUCCACGCACUCGUCAAAUACAGAUCAGUUGGGUCCAAAACUACCUCGUUGCAGUCUCAGUCUUUGAACAGCCUCUUCGAGGUGGACAGGAACUGCAUGACGUGGCUCGACGCUCAGCCAUUGAAGUCGGUAAUCUACGUGAGCUUUGGAAGCAUUAAAAAAAUGACAAAUGAGGAGAUGAGGGAGUUUUGGUAUGGUUUGGUUAAUAGCAAGAAGCGAUUCCUGUGGGUCAUACGACUGGACAUGGUGGACGGGAAAGAUGGAGGCGACGAUGAUCAGAUUCCAUCCGAGCUGGCAGAAGGGACAAGAGAGAGGGGAUACAUAGCGGAUUGGGUCCCACAAGAGGAGGUCCUGGCCCACCAAGCCAUAGGUGGGUUUUUUACCCACAGUGGGUGGAACUCGACGUUGGAGAGCAUCGUGGCUGGGGUGCCAAUGAUAUGCUGGCCCUGCUCUGCUGAUCAGCAACCGAACAGCAGGUUUGUGAGUGAGGUUUGGAAGCUUGGGAUGGACAUGAAGGAUGUUUGCAAUAGAACAGUUGUAGAGAAGAUGGUGAAUGAUUUGAUUGUCGACAGGAGGGAGGAGUUUAUGAAAUCAACGGUGGAGAUGGCUAGGUUGGCAAGAGAAAGUGCGAGUAAAGGUGGGUCUUCGUACUGCAAUUUGGACCGUUUGAUCAAGGAUAUAAGCCUGAUGGGUGUUCGUUCCAAAGAAUAUCUUCCAUCAUCAAUUAAUUAAGUGAGAGCUAUGUAUAUAUCUACGCGAAUGUUGGAUGAAUAGUGUUUUUGUCUAAAAUUUUCUUUUCCAAUUUUGCCUCUGCUUGUAUUUCA